AUGGCGACUACUUCUAAUAUGUUUCUCUACUCGCUUACCAUCCAACCUCCCACGACAAUAACUCAAGCCCUCCUUGGCCAGUUUUCUGGUACUAGAGAACAACAAAUCGUCACAGCCUCGGGUUCUCGACUCACUUUACUCCGUCCAGAACCAUCCCAAGGGAAGGUUAUCACCCUUCUCUCUCACGAUGUCUUCGGCAUUAUAAGAUCCAUAGCCUCCUUUCGUCUGGCGGGAAGCAAUAAGGAUUAUAUUAUACUUGCCACCGAUUCGGGCCGUAUUGCUAUAGUCGAGUACAUACCGCAGCAGAAUCGAUUCAAAAGGCAAAAGCUGGAGACAUUCGGAAAGUCGGGUGUGCGCCGAGUCGUCCCAGGCCAGUACCUAGCUUGCGAUCCUAAAGGCCGUGCCUGUCUCAUCGCGUCGAUUGAGAAGAACAAAUUAGUCUACGUCCUAAACCGCAAUGCUCAAGCAGAGCUUACUAUUUCUUCGCCCCUGGAGGCGCAUAAACCGGGAACAGUCGUUCUAUCAAUGGUGUCUUUGGAUGUUGGCUAUGCGAAUCCAGUAUUUGCAGCGCUCGAAGUCGAUUACUCGGAGGUAGACCAAGAUCCAACAGGGCAAGCUGUUACGGAGGUCGAGACCCAGCUUGUGUACUAUGAGCUAGAUCUUGGUCUGAACCACGUCGUCAGAAAAUGGCAUGAACCAGUCGACCCUACGGCCUCGAUACUUUUUCAAGUUCCCGGAGGCAAUGAUGGACCUAGUGGUGUUCUAGUAUGCGGAGAGGAGAAUAUCACGUACAGACACUCUAACCAGGAGGCAUUUCGGGUGCCAAUCCCAAGACGGAAGGGCGCGACAGAAGAUCCCCAGAGGAAGCGCUCGAUUGUAUCAGGUGUCAUGCACAAACUGAAAGGGAGUGCUGGCGCAUUCUUCUUUCUUCUCCAGACGGAAGACGGUGAUUUGUUUAAGGUCACCAUCGACAUGGCUCAAGAUGACGACGAGAAACCGACUGGAGAAGUGCGUAGGCUCAAAAUCAAGUAUUUUGACACCGUCCCAGUCUCUACAAAUCUCUGCAUUUUAAAGAGCGGUUUCUUGUUUGUUGCUAGUGAGUUCGGGAACCAUCAUUUCUACCAGUUUGAAAAGCUAGGUGACGAUGACAACGAGUUGGAAUUCAGUAGUGAUGACUUCCCAACUGACCCUCAGGCAUCAUACAAUCCUGUCUACUUCUACCCCAGACCGGCGGAAAAUCUGAGUCUGGUUGAGAGCAUCGACUCGAUGAAUCCCCUAGUUGAUUGUAAGGUCGCGAAUCUCACUGGCGAAGACGCGCCGCAAAUCUACUCUCUCUGUGGAAAUGGUGCGCGAAGUACGUUUAGGACCCUAAAGCACGGCCUAGAAGUCAAUGAAAUAGUUGCCUCGGAACUUCCUGGAGUUCCAUCUGCCGUCUGGACUACGAAGCUCAACCGAUCUGACCAGUAUGAUGCGUACAUUGUGCUUUCUUUCAGCAACGGCACUUUGGUACUCAGCAUUGGCGAAACUGUUGAAGAGGUGACUGAUACCGGAUUCCUUUCAACGGUCCCAACACUCGCCGUUCAACAACUCGGUGAUGAUGGCCUUCUCCAAGUUCACCCUAAGGGCAUCCGACAUAUCAUAAAUGGGCGCGUGAAUGAAUGGGAAGCGCCUACUCAUCGAUCCAUUGUUGCGGCUUCUACUAAUGAGCGCCAAGUUGCGGUUGCUCUAAGUUCAGGUGAAAUUGUUUACUUUGAGAUGGCUGAUGAUGGGUCAUUGGCCGAAUAUGAUGAAAAGAAGGAGAUGUUCGGAACUGUCACCUGCUUAAGUUUAGGUGAAGUUCCGGAAGGUCGUUUACGAAGCUCAUUCCUGGCCGUUGGAUGUGAUGACUGCACAGUCCGAAUCCUAAGUCUGGAUCUCGAAUCCACACUUGAGAGUAAAUCUGUGCAGGCUCUGACUGCAGCUCCGUCUGCAUUGUCCAUCAUGGCUAUGGAAGACUCAUCAUUCGGUGGUUCAACCUUAUAUCUCCACAUUGGUCUGCAUUCAGGCGUCUAUCUGCGAACUGUCCUAGAUGAGGUGACCGGAGAACUCACCGAUACCCGCCAAAAGUUUCUCGGGCCUAAGGCCGUACGCCUUUUCCAGACCUCCGUGGAGGGUAGUACCUGUGUCCUAGCCCUUAGUUCCAGGACUUGGUUAGGCUAUUCGGAUCCUAUCACGAAGGGCUUCAUGAUGACGCCACUAGACUAUAGUGAUCUGGAGUGGGGAUGGAAUUUCAGCAGUGAACAGUGUGAAGAAGGUAUGGUGGGAAUUCAGGGCCAGAAUCUCAAGAUUUUCUCCAUAGAUCGCUUAGGGGACACGCUACUACAACAGUCGAUACCACUUACAUACACUCCUAGACGCCUUGCCAAACACCCUGAACAACCCUACUUUUACACUAUUGAGGCUGACAACAACACAUUGCCACCCGAAUUGCGUGCUCAACUACUUGCCGAUCCGGCCGUCGUUAAUGGCGAUGCAGCCGUGUUGCCACCUGAGGAGUUCGGGUAUCCUAGGGGACGAGGUCGAUGGGCGUCUUGUAUCAGUGUCGUAGAUCCGCUGGUGGAGAAGCGAGUUCUACAAACAUUAGAACUGAGCGAUAACGAGGCCGCUGUCAGUAUGGCUACAGUUUCCUUCGCAAGCCAAGACAACGAGACGUUCCUUGUAGUUGGUACCGGAAAAGACAUGAUCCUCAGCCCCCGCCAGUUCAGCGCGGGAUUCAUACAUGUCUACAGGUUCCGUGAUAACGGCAAGGAGAUCGAAUUUAUUCAUAAGACCAAGGUGGAAGAACCCCCGAUGGCGCUGGUUCAAUUCCAAGGCCGUCUACUGGCAGGAAUCGGCAAGACUCUCCGUGUUUACGAUCUCGGACUUCGGCAGCUUCUUCGAAAGUCGCAAGCUGAUGUCGCUCCUCAACUUAUCGUUUCAUUACAAACCCAAGGCAGCCGCAUUAUCGUCGGUGAUGUGCAGCAAGGAGUUACAUAUGUCGUCUACAAGUACGAAAGCAACAAGCUAAUUCCGUUUGCCGAUGAUACCGUACCCCGUUGGACAAUCUGCACGGCUAUGGUGGACUACGAAUCUGUUGCUGGUGGAGACAAAUUUGGAAACAUUUGGAUCGUGCGAUGUCCGCAGAAGGCAAGCGAAGAAGCGGACGAGGACGGAACUGGUGCGCAUCUACAACACGCCAGAGAAUAUCUGCAUGGUUCCAACCAUCGCGUGAGUCUCAUGUCACAUUUUUUCACCCAAGAUGUUCCCACCAGUAUAAGCAAAACGAAUCUCGUCGUAGGUGGACAAGACGUACUUCUCUGGAGCGGAAUACAAGGCACCAUCGGCGUCUUUAUCCCGUUUCUUAGUCGAGAAGAUGCGGAUUUCUUCCAGAGCCUCGAAUCGCAUAUGCGAUCGGAGGAUCCGCCCCUUGCCGGACGAGAUCAUCUAAUAUACAGGGGCUACUAUGCUCCUGUUAAAGGUGUCAUUGAUGGGGAUCUGUGUGAAAGGUUCACAUUGCUCCCUAGCGAUAAAAAGCAGAUGAUCGCAGGAGAGUUAGAUCGCUCAGUCCGUGAAAUUGAGCGGAAAAUAUCUGAUGUACGAACUCGAUCGGCAUUUUGA